AUGACAAAGCUAGUGAUUUUCGGCGUGUUCUGUGCCUUGUUCGUGGGGACAGUGUACCCUCAGUUGGUUUGCUACCAGUGCGAUGAUUGCGAAUUUCAGCAAGAAAUACCGGUAGUCUGUGGAGAUAUUGACUACACCACACCGUAUCCAACGGAUCCAACAUGUCCCACCUGUGCUCCAGAGCCUACUCUUCCGACAACUCCGGAAUGGACGACUUCUACUCCGGACACUACCUGUCCAACCUGUGCACCAACUCUUCCGACUACUCCCAUGCCAACAACUUCCACUCCAGAUACCACAUGCCCUACCUGUGCACCGACUCUGCCAACUACUCCUAUGCCGACGACUUCAACUCCAGAUACAACCUGCCCUACUUGUGCGCCUACUCUACCCACCACACCCAUGCCAACAACUUCCACACCAGAUACCACGUGUCCAACCUGUGCACCAACCCUUCCCACAACACCGAUGCCAACGACUGCUACUCCCGAGACGACCUGUCCCACGUGUGCACCAACUCUGCCCACUUCUACACCGUUCCCUAGCUCAACGACAACGUCCUCGACCUUGCCACCACCGACACUUCCGACAACUCCGCAACUGACGACCUCCACACCGACGUUCCCACCGACCACGGUCACUCCAUCCUGUCCAGCCGGAUGUUGUCCCUGUUCCGGAGCGCGUGCAACGUCCAUCUUUGCUAUGGCUGCACACGCAGCAAAAUCCGCCCUUAUGGAUGAGUUUGAAGAGGACAUACGUUCACCACGUCAGCUACCGCUACCGGUGUACGUCUGCUACACGACAGAGCGCUACGUGAGCAACCGUCGAGUGAUCAGUCGCGGUUGCACGAAACGCCAACAAUCUGUUACCGACACCUGUACCCAGCUCGCUGGUGGUCAGACGUACGAACAGUGUUCACUCUGCUCCUGGCAGCUGUGCAACCGAUAG